AUGGCCUCCAAUGGCUUCCACCGCUUCUCCCACGGCCACGAUGACCUAGUGCUCGCCAUCAGCUACAACUUCUACGGCACGCGUCUGGCUACUGCAUCUUCGGACCACCGAGUCAAAGUCUGGGACCGCGAUGAGAAGUCUGGUCAAUGGAGCGUUACGGAUACCUGGACUGCCCACGAUGCCGAAGUCACGGAUGUCAAUUGGAAUGGCCCGUACGUAGGAGACCACCUAGCAACCAUCGGCGAAGAUGGUCUGCUGAAAGUCUGGCAGGAGGAUGUCAACGAAGCACCCAACUCCGGCCGUAGGUUCAGAAAGAUCUUCGAGCAGCUCACAGCAACAGGAGCGCCCUUCAUGAGUCUUGAAUUCAAGAACAUUGGUACGGAGAGCUAUCUGGCUGCUAUAACCAGAGACGGAUACCUGUCUAUCUUGGAGCCCGAGGAGACAGCAGAUUUAAGUAGCUGGCGGGUCAUGUGGGCUGACUACCUCUGCAAGACGCCUUCCCGGAUGGAGGAGACUGGAUUCCGCGUCAGCUGGCACAAGGAGAAGUUGCCCGCCUGGCCAGCCAUCUUAGCAGGACUCGACAGGAAGUGCUUGAGCUUGGCAGUAUCUGUCGGUGAGGUCGUGAAGGUCUACCGCACCGACAGCGAGAGGAAGUUCUAUACCGCAGCUGUGCUCGAAGGCGCCAAGGGGCUGGUGAGGGACGUCAGCUGGGCGGGCGGAAGCAUGCGUGGAUUCGAUGUUGUUGCUACUGCGAGCAAAGAUGGCUGUGUCAGGAUCUACGAACUUCACACGCCUGGCGCGGUUUCUUUAUCGACCACCAACAUGGCACAAGCUCCUGAAUCCACCACAUUGUCUCCUCAAAGCGCCCCGAUUAGGCAAAGUCGCUCUGGCAUAGGAGCCGGGUUGGCUGGCAGCACUAAAGGGCGUAGAGAGGAGAACACCGCGGCGCCUGGAGCCAUUAAGCAGGAACCGAAGCUGGUUGCAGAGAUUGAAACUCAUGCAGGCGCUCCGUGGCGAGUGGACUGGUCACAGAUGGGCGAUAUCUUGGUCUCCACCGGCGACGAUGGCAAGGUGAGGUUGUGGAAGAAGGCGGUUGAUGGCAAAUGGCUGGAGGCUACCGAGAUUGACGCCACUACUAAAGAUACAUGA